ACUUCCCAGUGCACAUUCUUGUCUCUCAAUUUGCUUUUCUGAUUUAAAAUCCACCAUGAAGUUUGCCCUUGUCGUAACUCUGACCCUGCUCGGUCUCGCUUUUUCGAACCAAAUCUCGGCCGAACGAGUCAAAUAUGACAAUUACAAGGUUUAUCGCUUCAUCCCUCAGACUGAGGAAGAGCGACAGGUUUUGAUCCAACUCCAAGAAUCCAAUUUGGGAGUCAAGUUCUGGAAGGGUGUCAAGUCUGUGGGGCAGCCGGUGGAUGUGAUGGUGCCACCCCACGUGCAGAUGGAUUUACUUCCUGCCAUGACCAGACGGGAGAAUAUGGGCGUCUCUGUUUUUGUAGAAGACGUACAAAAACUCAUCGAUCAAGAAGCUCUCACCAUUCUGAAAGAGGGACGAGCUCUGGAUUGGACUUCGUACGGAACUCUGGCCGAUAUUUAUGAGUUUUUGGACGCCCAAGCCGCCGCCCACUCCGACAUUGCUGAAGUCAUUUCCAUCGGCACCAGUUUUGAAGGCCGAGAUCUUAAAGUACUCAGCAUUUCUAAAUCUGGCAAUACUAAGCCUGCCAUUUGGUACGAUGCAACCAUCCACGCCAGGGAAUGGAUCAGUGGAGCAACGUGCACCUACAUUGUCAAUGAAUUGCUGAACAGCGCUGACCCUGCCAUUGUUCAAUUGACAGUGGACUUUGACUGGAAAAUAAUGUGUGUCGCUAAUCCAGACGGAUACGUUUACACUCACACGACCGACCGCAUGUGGCGAAAGACACGCUCCAAUACGACCAGUCCUUUGGGAUGCAAAGGAGCCGACCCAAAUCGCAAUUGGGGGUAUCAGUUCAACACCGGAGGGUCUUCAGGCCUCCCCUGCGACGACACUUAUCACGGAACCACUGCUUUCUCCCAAGUUGAGACGAAAGCCAUGUCCGACUACUUCAACACCAUUGCUGAUCGUGCCGUCUUUUUCUUGAGCGUGCACAGCUACAGUCAAUUCAUCCUUCUUCCGUACGGAUACUCCAACACGCGCUACCCAGACUAUAACGAAUAUAUGAGAAUUGGAAACGCUGCCAAGGCCGCCAUUGCACGACGAUACAACACACAAUUCACCGUUGGAAACAUUGUCGAUCUUCUUUACCCAGCGAGUGGGGGCAGUGUUGAUUGGGCGAAAGGUAUCCACGAUACGUCCCUCGUCCUCGCCUUCGAGCUCCGCGAUACCGGCAGAUACGGCUUCAUCCUCCCCGCAGAUCAAAUCAUCCCGAGCAGUUUGGAAUUUUUGGACGCUUUGUUGGAAAUGGUGGCACAAUUGCGGGAUAGAAUCGAGGCCAAGCAGCAGCCAAGAUCCGCUUCGGCUGAGCUCUUGAUGCCAAAGAAAGCUUAAAAUUGCCCCAUUUUACCAAAAAGUUCAAGAUUCUUUGCGCAAUUCGGUAUAAAUAAAGUCUAACAGUGAUAUUA